CGCUCCGGCUGCGGGCGCGGUGCGCGGUGACCAUGUCCCGGGGCAGCAGUUGCAGCCAGACCCCAAGCCGGGCCAUCCCCGCCACUCGCCGGGUGGUCCUCGGCGACGGCGUGCAGCUGCCGCCUGGGGACUACAGCACCACCCCCGGCGGCACGCUCUUCAGCACCACCCCGGGAGGUACCAGGAUCAUCUACGACCGGAAGUUCCUGAUGGAGUGUCGGAACUCACCUGUGACCAAAACACCCCCGAAGGACCUGCCCACCAUUCCUGGGGUCACCAGUCCUGCCAGUGAUGAGCCCCCCACAGAAGCCAGCCAGAACCACCUGCGCAACAGCCCAGAAGAUAAGCCAGCGGGCGGUGAAGAGUCACAGUUUGAGAUGGACAUUUAGAAGACCAGCCAUCUGUUUGAGCAAUGCCUCUGGGCCCCUCUGGCCCUUCUCGGGAGAAGAGUCACACCAGCCAGGCCUCAUGAAAGUUAUCAUCCUGGGCAGGCAUUGGGUGUGGGGUCGGCCACCCCAGCCCUCUGCUCCCUCACUCAGGGCACCUCCUCCCCCUUCCUCUUCAAGAACACCAGCAGAUACCUCCAUGUGCCUCAUUCAUGCAGGAGCUGCCACCCGAGGGGAGUGAUUCCUGGGAGCACACCCUGCAGCCCAGGGCCAGGACGUGGACACAGGAGCCCUUCCAAAUGAUCGUCUGGCUCUUCCAGCCCCAUCCUCUGGGGGCGCACCCACCCCUUCCUUAGGUUGGUGUGCAUGGGAAAGCUCCCCUCCCCCUCCUUCCCCAAGAGAGGAAAUAAAAGCCACCUUCGCCCUAGGGCCAAGA